GCACUACGCGGGCGACGUGACGUACGCGGCGACCGGCUUCAUGGACAAGAACAAGGACUCGCUGUGGCAGGACCUCAAGCGGCUGCUGCACAACUCAGAGAACCGCUCGCUCGCCGACAUGUGGCCCGAGGGCGGCACCGAUAUACAGACGACGUCCAAGCGUCCCCCUCGGCUGCGACGCUGUUCCGCAACUCGAUGUCAGCGCUGGUGACGGGUCUGCAGAGCAAGGAGCCGUUCUACGUGCGCUGCGUCAAGCCCAACCCGCUGCAGACGCCCAACGUGUGGGACGACCAACUGGUGCGUCACCAGGUAGCGUACCUGGGUCUAGUAGAGAACGUGCGCGUGCGCCGCGCCGGGUUCGCGUCGCGACAGCGCUACGACCGCUUCCUCAAGCGCUACAAGAUGCUCUCGCAGUACACCUGGCCCAACUUCCGCAGCGGCGCCGACCGGGACGCGGUCGUGGUGCUGCUCAGGGACCUCAGGGUCGAGGAUGUGCAGUUCGGACACACCAAGCUCUUUAU